GGAGAAGUCGAAGCGCGGAAACUGAAACAGCAACCGGGGGGACAAUGGCGGCGGGGCCUGGUGUUUCCGUGCAGAGCAGCAGCCCUGCGAGGGAACUUUCUCUCUCUGUUCAACCAGGGGGGAACCAGUCUCAUGGGGACCGACUCAAGCCCGAGGAGGUUACAGAAGCCGAGAAGCAGAGUCGCAUGGCUGCUCUGCUGGAGAGGCUUCAUGCCAAACACAAUGCUUCACGGCCAUGGCAAGAGACCUCCAAGGUUGUGCGUCAGGCCAUGGAGAAACGCGGUGUGAUGAACGCAGCAGGUCACCAGCUCCUGCUCUCCUGCUUAGAGACCCUGCAGAGAGCGCUGAAAGUCUCAUCCUUGCCCUCUAUGACAGACCGCCUGGAAUCCAUUGCUCGGCAAAACAUGCUGGGCUCACACCUCAGCCCAUCAGGGACAGAGUGUUACAUCACAUCUGACAUGUUUUAUGUGGAGGUGCAGCUGGACACCAGUGGGCAGCUAGUGGAUGUCAAGGUGGCUCACCAGAGAGAAAACCCAACGAGUUGUCCUGAGCUGAUUCAGCAUCUGAGGGAGAAGAACUUUGAAGAGUUUUCCAAGCAUCUGAGAGGAUUGGUUGAACUUUACAAGCUCCCUGGAGACAAUAAGCUUAAAACCAAGACGUAUCUUGCGCUGCAGUCUUUGGAGCUGGACCUUACCAAGAUGAUGCACAUGUUCAAAUUAGCAACCAGUGCUACUGCAGUGGAGACUAUCCUCCAUGGCAGUGUGGGCUUGCUGACAGCAAGAAGUGGUGGCCAUCUUGUUACUCUGCAGUGUUAUGUGUCCCCUUAUGACGUAUUUGAGGAGGGGGUGGGCUCACAGCUCAACUUAACAGACAAUGUCCCACGCUCUCUGGGUGUGAGUGUGUCGGUGACAAUCGAGGGAACCUCUGCAGUGCACAAGCUUCCAAUUGCUCCACUCAUCACUGGAUCCCACCCAGUGGACAACAAGGGGACACCCUCUUUUUCCAGUGUGACCAACUCCAACUGUGUGGACCUGCCAGCAUGUUUUUUCCUCAAGAUGAACCGGCCCAUGCCUUUCUCUCUGUCCUUUAUUCAGAGGAUGAGCAAUGCCACUUCCAUCCCAGUGUUUGAAACUCCCCCAAAUCUCUCACCUCUUUACCAGCUGAUUGUUCAAAGCCAGCGGCAGCUUCUGGAGGAGGACAGCUCUGUGCCACCGCCACCACACAACAUGCACUUCUAUUCUGUAUUGCCUGAUCAGCAGCACUGCUACUUUCUGAAUGGUGAUGCCCCUGUCCAGGACGGUCGUUCUCUUCAAGGAGCAUUAGUAUCCAAGAUUCCCUUCCGUCACCCAGCGCAAGUGCCAACCCUUUUGGACAUAAUUCGGCAUCAAGCAGCUUAUAACACCUUGAUUGGCAGCUGUGUGAAACAGACUUCUAUCAAAGAAGACACAGCAGGCCUUCUGCAGUUUGAAGUAUGUCCUUUGACUGACUCAAGUUUCAGCGUCUCAUUCCAGCAUCCAGUCAAUGAGUCAUUAGUCUGUGUGGUAAUGGAGGUGAUUGACUCCAGACAGGUAUCCUGUAAAUUGUACAAAGGACUGUCAGAUGCUCUGAUCUGUACUGAUGAGUUUAUAACUAAAGUGGUCCAGAGAUGCAUGUCGAUCCCAGUAACCAUGCGGGCCAUUCGAAGGAAAGCAGAGACCAUCCAGGCAGACACUCCAGCCUUGUCAUUAAUUGCACAGACUGUGGAAAUUAUGGUGAAGAAUAACCUGCCUCCCUCUGGCAGUCCCACCUACAACAUGCCUGCAGGUGAAGGAGCUAACCCUAUGGGAUUACCUGGGCUCACUGGGGGCAACACACCUACAGGAGGAGGGCCCCCUGGGGGACCAAAUUUUUCAGGUCCAAUUACUUCCUUAUUUGGGAUGUCCCGAGCUGAAAGGCAAAGUCAAGGAGAGUGUCCAACACAAGGAGGGGUGGCUGGCCAGCAACAGUUGCAGCAGCAACAGGCUGGUCAAGGCCACACAGAUGACUAUAACAAAGUGACCCAGAAUCCAAUUCUGACAAGUCUGCUACAAAUAACUGGAAGUGUGGGUUCUAGUCCCAGCUCCCAGAAUGCACCACAGCCCCAUCAGACACCACCCCCAACAUCCUCUCCUGCUAGCAACACUAAAAACCAUCCUAUGUUGAUGAACUUAUUAAAAGACAACCCCACACAAGAUUUUGCAACCCUGUAUGGUUCAAGUCCCUUGGAGAGGCAGAAUUCAUCAUCUGGCUCUCCACGUACUGAUAGUAUGAGCGGAACCUGCCCUGGAGGUAAAGGGAAGAAAAAGCGUCUGAGAGGGGCAGAAAAAGGUGGUGUAUUGCCAGGCGCAGGUGUUGGUGCUGGUGCAGGCACUGGUAUGGGAAUGAAACCACAACAAUCAUCUUCCAUGCCACUGCACCACCAGCACCAUCAAGUCACCCAUGAGGAUGACUUUCAUCGUGAGCUCCUUUCUAUGGAUGUGGAUGCAUCUCAGAAUUCUAUCUUUGAUGUAAACCUGGCUGGAGAUGGGCUAGAUACACCCCAUAGUAUCACUCCAGCACCUAGCCAAUGUGGAACACCACCCUCUGGCCCUGGCAUGCCUUAUUCACAAUCUCAUUCCCAGUCACAGCAACAGCAUUCACAAGGUUCUGUACCACCCCGUAUAGUUCGGCUCUCUAGCUCUGAUAGCAUUGGACCUGAUAUCACUGAAAUCUUGUCAGAUUUGCCUGAGCAGACAGGGAAAGGCAGCCAUGGGCAGCACCCAAUUGGCAGUGGUGGGGAUGAUGGAGGCCCUCUAGGUACCCCAAUCCGUGACUCCUCCAGCUCAGGUCAGGGUAGCGCAGUGUUCGACUCUGCAGACAUUUUCAAUACCAACAGCAAUGAGAAUCCUUUCACCGAUGCUGCUGAUCUGAUAGCCGAGGCAGCUGCAACUGCCGCCACUCCCACCAGCGAUUCUUCUUCCACCAACUUCUUUCCUGAUGCUGCUGACUUCAACCCUGACCUUCUCACUUCAGGCCAGGGCUUCUCCCAGAACUACUUUGACGACAGCUCUCCAAGUGCAGAUGGAGACAUGGACUUGGUCAAAAGUUUUGGGGGGAGUAGCCAGCAGAAUACCCCAACAGGAACACCUCAGAAUCCAACUCCGCAUGGACAGAGUACCCCAGAGCCCUCACUUAAGGACCCUUUUGAUAUUGGAGGGAUAGUCUUUGGAGGGAACAAUGGUGGUGGUAAACCACUUUUGGGGCAAGCUCCUGAUUUAGGAGACACACAUGGUGGAGGGUCUCAGAGCCCUCUCAUUAUGGGUCUUGGUGACUUCAAAAGCUCUGAACCCAAAGUAAAACAACAGGGACUCAGUCGGUCAAAGGACGAGAAUGGGGGAAGUGGAGGAAGUAGUUCUGGGAUAGGGAUGGGAAGCAGUUCAUCCGAGGGCAAACAGGUCAAACGUAGCAGGACCCCUUCCAGUGAGGGAAAGUCCAAAGAAAAGCCUCCAAAACGUAAAAAGCUGGACCCUGAUGGAAAAUCACCCUCUCACAGUUCAGGGGGGAGACCUUAUACACCCCCUAGUGGUGGCUCAGGCUCUGGUGGAAGCAUAAGUGGAGGGGGCUCCAAGUCUCCUGGCAGUUCAGGACGCUCACAAACUCCACCUGGUGGUGCAACCCCUCCCAUUCCCAAAAUCACUAUUCACAUUGAAAAGGGGACCAUAACUGGGGGAAAAACAUCGUCCCAUAGUGGGUACACUUCUAGCAGCUCAGCCUCUAGUAGCUCAGGAGGAGCCGGGGGGACAAGCAGUAGCAAAAGCCAUCACUCUCACUCAUCCUCCUCUGGGAAGAUCAAGUCCAAGGAAAGUUCAUCAACACAAGGGGGCAGCUCCAAGCCCGGGAGUACAGGAGUAGGAGGAGGGACUUCCCAGUCUAAAGGUUCCUCCCAAGGAAUGGGUGUUGGGAAACCAGGAUCCUCCUCUGUUACUAAACAUGGGUUGUCAGGGUCUGGAGUUAGUGGAAGUGGACUUGGAAGUAAUAAGGGCAAGCCACAGGGCGGCAAGCCUCCUGGGUCUCUAAUGAAUCCCAACAUAAAGCCAAACAUAUCCCCUUCUCACUCCCGCUCCAGUAGCUCUGGAGAUAAAUUAUCCUCUCCUAUGAAAAUGCAACAGUCACAGGUUCCAGGAACUCCUCCUUCCUCAAAGGCUAAAUCGCCAAUGGGCUCCGGAGGUGGUAGCUCUGGAGGGUCCAAGUCCUCUGGUGGAGGAAUGAGCUCCCAGAAGCCAAUGGGUGGGGGCUCUUCUUCUGGUUCCACAUCUUCAUCAUCCUCCAGUUCCUCCUCCUCCUCUGGUUCCAUGAAUGUCUCAGGAGGUUCCCAGUCUCAGUAUGGAGGUGGAGGUGGAAGUGGAGGGGGAGGAGGGUCAGGAGGGGGCAGUGGAGGUGGAGGUGGAGGAGGCGGAGGUGGAGGAAGUGGGGGCGGAAGUGGUGGAGGUGGCAGUCAAAAUAAUGCAAAUAACCCCAAUGCCAAAGGGAAGUCUCCCAGUCGGAACAAGAAACCCUCCCUUACAGCAGUUAUAGACAAACUGAAGAGUGUAGGUGGGGGAGGAGUGGGGGAAGAUGGUUGUGAGGGAGGGCCACCAGGGGGUGGAACUGGUUCUGGAUCUUCUUCUGGUGGUGCUGGUUCUGGAAAUGUUUCUGGUAGUGGAUCAUCAAGCCAGUCCAAGCAUGGCUCAUCUUCCCAAAGCGGGGACUAUAAGAGAGAGAAGUCUGAUAAAGAGGCAAAGGCAAAGGUUUCUGUUUCUGGGGGCAACAGUGGGGAUAAAAAGAUGGACUCUAAAUCAGGAGGAACAACUGGUCUGGCCAAAAUUAUCAUUAGUAAACCAGAUGGUGGUUCACCAAGCAUCAAAGCCAAAGUGACCCUUCAGAAAGGGGAGGGAUCUGGUGAUUCUAUGCGACCCCAGAUUUCAAGCCUCAAAGCGUCCCCCCUCUUCAGUGGCUCCACCCCCAAGCAUGACCGCUCCUCCCCGAGCCACAGCCGCUCUCCAGGAUACACCCCACUGAACCACGACAGCGAGAGUGAGUCUGGGAGCAGCUCUGUAGCCGAGAAGUCCCACCAAAACAGCCCAAGCUCGGAUGACGACCAGGCCGUUCGCCCGCUUCCCCCUCAGGACUACAUGAGCUCCAUUCCCCUUAGCUCAGGCGAGAAGCACAAGAAACACAAGAAGGAGAAGAAGAAGGCAAAAGAAAGGGAGCGGGAGAGGGAUAGAGACCGGGACCGGGACAGAGACAAAGAGAAGAAGAAGUCCUCUAUGUCUAUUGGACAGUCCUCUCAUCAGAUAAAAGCAGACAGUUGGUCUCGGUCGCCCAUCUCUGCAUCAGAUUCUUCUAUGUCUAUGCUUGGCUCAGAGCGCCCAUCACGGUCCAGUCCAGUGUACAUGAGAAAUGAAGAUGAUGACCUCAUGGACUCUGCAUUAACUGGCAACCUUUAAUUUUGUUUUGAAACAUAAACAACUAUUUUAUUGACCCCAACCAUUUUAACAUGCUUUUUAACAUACAAAAUAACUUGUAUUUAUUCAACCCUAAAUGCAAAUUGGAACUGGAUUAAAGAAAUGUUUGAGUAUUUUAUGAUCAUUGACUUGUUUUGUGUAUUUUAAAAUCAGUGUACUGACUGGAUAUGUUGUAUGAGACAAUUUGGAUGCCAAUGUCAUUUGUUUAACAUACUGUCAUGUUUUUUCAUCCUAAAUUGAACUUCAAUGGACUUCAUUAAGGACAUGUCUUGUGAAAAAAGCAUUUUCAGUUGCUCCAAUUAUGUCAAACUUUACAAAUGAUAUUCAGUUUUUCUCUCAGUGAAGCAGUUGUUAUGCCCUUCUUGUUAUAACAUACAGUUAACAUAUCAUGACUGUAUCUUUUCAAAAUAUGUAUAUCAUCUUUUAUUUAAGAAAUUGGAGUAUUGUAAAACAAGAAGGGUACAGUGUUGAGCUGCCUUUUUUUCCUUUUUUAAAUUUUGAUACAUUUUAAACUGUAAAAUAGUGUAGGUACAACUGACUGCAACAAUAAUAAUGAGAAUGGAGGUAAAGUAAGAGCCCGUAAUUUUUUAACUGUUAGAGUGUAGAAAUAAAAAUAUAAUUUCUUGCAAAAUCUGAUUGUCACUUUUGGAUUUUGUUGAUUUAGCAGUAGUAGCAAAGAUUCUCAUUUUGAUUAAUCUUCUCUCAGCAUUCACUGAAUCUCAGGACCCACCACUGUCUUCUUAGAAUUGCAGCCUAGGAUUUUUCUUUUUUGGUAAUGUUUUAACCAUUCAAAUCUAUUUACUGAAAAAGUUUAGGAAGGGCCACUAUCUGAAAAUACAUCAGCGUCUUUCCUGGAACAAUUU